AUGCUGGAUCCAUAUCCCCAGCCCCAGACUGCCGAGCUACGGCGGCGCGUCCCGCUGGACUACGGCACGUCCACUGAGGGCGACGCACCGGACCGAUGGGACUACGUGAUUGUGUUCCCACACCCGCCCAAGCGCGUGAUCGAAGCGAGCGACGAGCGCGACACGAUCAUCAAGCGCCUGCGUGGGGCAGGGCUGCAGCUGCGUCUCUUCUAUUCUAGCGGCAAAGAGCUCGUGUUCUGCAAGAUACGCGCCCCGGAGAACCUCAUGCGGCGGGACGCUGAGCUCCUCGGCAUGCGCUUGCAGCUGGACGCGGCAGAGCUGCGCCACGCGUCGUUCCACGGCAUUCCCGAGUACGGCAUUGCGCCGUUCCCGCUUCGCGACGUGAAGCAGACGUACCGCUACUCGCCGUUUGACUAUAUCUUCGCGCCGUACUUCCAAGCGCGUGACUUGCAGCAGUUUUACGCGCGGAAGGGACCCAAUGGAUCGCUCUUCUCGAGCACGGACCGCAUUGGCCUCAUUGAGCACAUUAUCACCAACCACCAGACAGGGGCGGGGCAGGACAUUGACCGACUCAUCUACGAGCAGAUCAUUGUCGAGACGUAUCCGUUGCACAAAGAGCAAGAGAAGAUGGACCUGAAGGAGCGCUGGAUUGUGUGGAACACGUCGCCGAUGAACCAACCGUUUGACCGUAUCUGCCAGUACUUUGGCGUCAAGGUGGCGCUCUACUUUCUAUACGUCGGACACUACACCAAGUGGCUAUUGUACCCGACGCUGAUUGGAAUCCUCACGGGUGUCGUGAGCUACUGCAUCCCACAUGACAACUACAGUACCGUGUUUGCCUACAUCUCGCCGCUUUUUGGAGCGUUCAUGACAAUCUGGAUGACCAUCUACCUCGAGAACUGGAAGCGGCUUAGCUCGCGAGAGACGCUACGCUGGGGCACAGCACACUUUUCAGAGACGGUGAAUCUUCGCCCGCAGUUCUACGGCGAGCGCAUCCCCUCGCCCAUCAAUGGCAAGCCCACGCGAUACUUUCCCCCUCGUGAGAAGCUCAAGCGAGUGGCCUACAGUUGGGUGGUCAUCUCUUUCCUCAUCCUGGUCGUGUUCGUCAUCGUGUCCUCGAUUUUCAUGCUAACGUACGACCUGACCAAGGGCGACGACUCGGACAAGCUCGUGCUGGAUAAUUACAAGUACGGCUCGAUCGUGUCGUCGCUCGCCAACGUUGUCCAGAUCACCAUCAUGACAAAGAUCUACAACUACGUUUCGAUUGUGCUUGUGGAUCAGGAAAACCACCGCACGGAUAUGGAGUACGAGAACAGUCUCAUUAUCAAGACUGUCAUCUUUCAGUUUGUAAACAACUACGCGGGUCUGUUUUACGUGGCGUUCCUGAAAGAAGGAUUCGAAGGUUGCGAUGUGAGCUGCAUGCACGAGCUCGAGUACAUGCUCGCGAUCGUGUUCUGCUCGCGACUGUUUGUGGGCAACAUUGCCGAAGUGGCUGUUCCUCGCCUGUUUGUGUACUUCAGCAGGUACCAGUUACUGGGUCACUUGAAUGACUACAAGCAGUCCGACGCUGAACGCGAACUUUUUAUGGCGCAGUACGACUGGCACGGUACCUUUGACGACUACACGGAGAUGGCGCUCCAGUUUGGUUUUACGACAAUGUUUGUCGUGGCUUUUCCGUUUGCGCCUAUGCUGUCCUACGUGAACAACUACUUUGAGAUCCGCUUGGACGCAUACCGUCUCAUUUUCGAGUCGCGUCGUCCACGCCCGCGUAACGUGCGCAGCAUGGGAUACUGGUACCAGGUGCUGCAAGCGUUUGCAGCGAUCUCCGUGUGUACCAAUGGUGCAGUUAUCAUUUUCACAGGCGACUUCUUCAAUCAUCUGGAAAUGCCUACCCGCGUGUGGAUGUUCACAAUCUUCAUCAACGGCAUGUUCCUGUUCAAAUACUUCCUCGAGAUCUGCAUCGCCGACGUGCCGGAGGAUGUGACAGUGCAGAAGUAUCGCCAAGAGUUCCUCAUCAGUAAGUGUCUGUACCACAUGCCUGACGACGACGUCAACUGCCCGAUCGGUGACAACUGCGAUGACCUGGCAAAUGAGCUCACUAUUGUCGAUGAAGACUCUUCGUGA